AUGGUUUCAUUCAUUCAAAGGAUGUUUGAGUCAAGAUCAAACAGCAGCAACAACAACAACAAUAAGCGAUCAAAGGAUAACCUCACUAUACUAUCACCAAUGUCAUCACCUCAGUUGUCUUCCUCACCAAGGCAAAUUGCAAGAGCGAGCCCAUCCCCAAUAUCAUUGUAUGACGAUGAAGAUCUUUCAAGGUCAUGUCCAAGCAGUCCCUCCCAAAUCAGCAGCAGUGGCAGCCUAGGCAGAAGCAGCGGCACACGAUCAUUCCUCCGCUCAAGCCUCGAUGGCCUCAAGAGGAGAUUCUCACUAUCAAGCAUACCCGACGGACGAUCACGUGACAACCUUCCCGGCUCACCACUAAUGAUUGGUGAGGAUUUUGUUGGGGACAACCUAAACAACAACAACCACAACAUGGAGCCAGAGGCAUACUUUGAGCUGAUGGACCAGUUCCCAGAGGAGGUUGAGUUGUUGAUCAUCUCAUUCCUGGAUGCGAGUGACCUAGUCUCAAUCUCAAUGACUGAUACCAAGCGCUUUAACGAUAUAUACUAUUACGACAUCAACACCAACGUGUUCACCAGACCCGACGUCAAGGGUGACCAAGUGCCCCGCUUCUCGCGCCACACCGCCUCCCUGGUCGGCAAGAGCAUCUACAUGUUUGGCGGCUUUGAUGGCCACGGCAACAACUUUGAGCUGGCCGUAUACAACACCGAGAAGGAGACCUGGUGGAAUGUUCCCAAGAGCGCACUCAAGGGCGACCUGCCAGCCACUCGCACCAACCAUUCAGCCGCGACCGUCGGCUCCAAGAUGUACAUAUUCGGUGGCAAUUGCAACGAUCAGUUUGGCAACUACCAAGUGCUGGGUGACCUGCAUGUCCUCGAUACCAACACCCUCACUUGGGAGAAGCCAGUCGUCACUGGUGACAUCCCAUGCGCACGUAGUGGCCACUGCAUGACGGCCAUCGGCAACAAGCUAUUCAUGUUUGGAGGUGGCAUUUGGAAUGAGGUCGAUGGCUGGACUCACAAGUUCAACGACAUCUUUGUGUUUGACACAUUGACAAAUGUAUGGACGCGACCAGUUACCAAGGGCGAGAUCCACACCAGCACCUUUGCCAUCUCGUUCGCCAUUGGCCGCUUCCUCUUCAUCUUUGGCGGUGGCAGCAAGCCCCGUCACUGCGUCACCAACGACACAUACAUCCUGGACACUGAGAGCUUCCAAUGGAUCAGCAAGUUCACACCUGGUGAUGAUGGUAAUGUUCGAGCCCGAGACAUGGGCACCGCAUGUGUUGCAGGCGGUGAGGUAUACUUCCUUGGUGGCUAUGCUGGUGGACCAACAGACUAUUUCGACAAGCUCAAGUUCAAUUCGAAAGUGUUGACCAAGUUGGCCAAGAGGAACAGUGUACGACUGUCUUCAUCAUUGUCGUCAUCAUCAAAUAUCUAUCCAUCCCAAGGAAUGAGU